AGAAUAUAUAGAACUAUUUUAUAAAGUAAAAGCAAAAUGGAUUUUCAGAAUCGUGUGGGUGGAAAAACAGGCAGUGGUGGAGUAGCAUCAUGGUCUGAAACAAACAAAGAUCGUCGUGAAAGGCUGAGACAACUUGCCCUUGAAACCAUUGAUUUAAACAAGGAUCCUUAUUUUAUGAAAAAUCACUUGGGAUCUUAUGAGUGCAAACUUUGUUUAACACUUCACAAUAAUGAGGGUAGCUAUUUGGCUCAUACUCAAGGAAAAAAACAUCAACAGAAUUUAGCUCGACGAGCAGCCAAAGAUGCAAAAGAAACACCAUCACAACCAGCUCCGGAAAAGCAAAGGGUGACAUUAAAAAAGUUUGUCAAAAUUGGUCGUCCUGGUUAUAAAGUUACAAAACAGAGUGAUGUGGAUAGUGGACAGCACAGUUUACUUUUUCAGAUUGAUUAUCCUGAAAUUGUAGAUGAUAUGCCACCUAAACAUCGUUUUAUGUCAGCAUAUGAACAGAGGGUUGAACCACCUGACAAGUCUUGGCAAUACUUAUUGGUAGCUGCUGAGCCUUAUGAAACUAUUGGUUUUAAGAUUCCAAGUCGAGAAAUUGAUAAAAGUGAGCAGAAGUUCUGGAGUUUUUGGAACAAAGAUACUAAACAGUUCUUUCUUCAGUUCUAUUUUAAACUUACACACCUACAACUUGCUCAAAUGCAACGUGAGGCAGAAGAAAGAAACAACAGACGUCGACCAGAACAACGACAUGCUGCUAUUCGUCCUCCGCCUCCUCGUCCAAAUUUUCCACCCCGACCCGGUUUUGAGAUGCAAAAUGCUCCUCGGGGAAUUCCAUUUAUGCGUGGUCCACCGCCAGGUAUACGAGGACCCCCACCACCAUUUCCAAAUUCUGGAAUGGGUGGUCCUCCAAUGCAGUCAGAUUCUUCUGAUGAUAUACCAGAUUCAUCUCAUGAAGGACAACAAGUAGAGGAAGAAAUGUUAGAUGACAAUUCAAUUUCUUCUGGACCUCCUAUGCACAUUCCUGAACUUCCUCCAAUGCGUCCUCCUCCUACAUUAGGCGAUACCACUAGUAGUAUGCACGGAAUACCAUCUAAUAUGCCAAUUCCGCCUCCACCUAUGCAGAUGCAAAUGAGUAAUUCAGAUAUCAUUCAUCCUCCUCCACUUAAUUUUCCUGGAGGUCAGCCGCCACCAAACUUUCCUGGGGGUCCUCCACCUCCUAAUUUUUCCGGAGGUCCACCCCCUCCACCCAAUUUUUCUGGAGGUCCGCCACCCCCACCUAAUUUUCCUGGAGGUCCACCGCCACCUCCUACUUUUCCUGGGGUCCCACCGCCACCUAAUUUUCCUGGAGGUCCGCCGCCUACUUUUCCUGGAGUUCCUCCGCCUAACUUUUCUGCUGGUCCACCUCCUAACUUUCCUGGUGGCCCACCACCAAAUUUUCCUAGUGGUCCCCCACCAAAUUUUCCCGGCGGUCCAUCUAAUUACCAAAUAAACAAUCAAGGUAUGCAGCCAAUGCUACUAGAAGACAACAUUGAAGAAUAAUAUGUGAAAAACAAUAAACAAUCUUAUAAAGUAAAUAAGUGUUGUUUGUUUUUUUGGCAAAAUAAAACAUGAGUUGAGCAA